GAUGACAGGCGUCUAGCACAACUUGGUUAUGAGCCUGUUUACAAGCGCUCCAUGUCGCGGUGGGCGAUCCUUGGGCUGGCAUUCAGCGUUCUUUCUUGUUGGGGUGAGAUUGGCAGUUCUUUGACUUCUGGUCUGAACGCUGGUGGACCGGCAGGGCUUGUUUGGUCUUGGAUCGGAGUAUCCAUAUGCACAAUUCCUGUCGUCUGGUCCCUAGCAGAGAUCUGCAGCUAUCAUCCAACAUCGGGCGGACAAUAUUUCUGGGUUGCCAAUAUGGCCAGCCCGAGAUAUGCCCGUGGACUGUCGUAUGCGACUGCUUGGGCACAAUUAGCUGGUCUUGUUGGACUCGGGACAGCAGCAGCUGCAAAUGUCGGCGAAUCUACUUUUGGCAUGAUUGGGCUGGCCAUGGAAGACUUUGAAGAAAAGUCAUGGAUGCUGGUCGUCGAAGGGCUCGGCAUCAUUCUCAUUUGUGCAUGCUUCAACAUUUUCGGCAGACGGCUUCUCAACGGCACUGGCCUUUUCGCGCUCGUCUUUGGUGUUGGUGGCCUAAUUGUAACAGUCAUUGUGCUGCUUUCCAUGGCAGACGAGUUUCAAUCGGCUCGUUUUGUUUUCACGGAAUAUGCAAACAACACAGGUCUUUCGUCGCGUUUCUCUGGUGUAGUGGUGUGCCUGGGCAUCACCAACGCAAGCUACGUUCUUGUUGCCUACGAUGAACCCGGUCACCACACUGAAGAAAUGCCUAAUCCCCAGGUGGAUGCGCCAAAAGCCAUGGUAUGGUCAGUGUACUUGGGAUGCGUCACUGGAUUCUUCUAUCUGCUCAGCAUUCUCUUUUGUAUCACAGAUCUCGAUGAUGUUCUCGAUGCAGACAAUCCAAUCUUUCCCAUUUACUUUCAAGCUACACACUCCCUAGCAGUCAGCUGCGUUCUAGGCGUCAUUUUGCUCAUGACCCAAGUGAUUGCGGAAAUCUCCUUUAUUGCAGAGACAAGCCGUAGUCUUAUGGCCUUCGCCCGCGACGGCGGCUUGCCCUUCAGCAGAUGGCUCAGUCAUGUACACCCGACACUCAAUGUACCCAUUAGGGCAAUCUUCUGUUCUUCCAUUCUUCAAGGGAUCGUCAUGCUCAUCUAUUUUGGAAGUUCUACAGCAUUUUUGACCAUCAUUGCUUUGGGUACGGUCGGGUCGUAUGUGUCUUAUGCAGUGCCUAUUGGGGUCAAGCUGUGGUCUCGUCGCGAUGGCCACGCUCCGGGGCCGUUCGCCAUGGGCCAGAACAUCGGAUUCCUAUGCAACGUGGUUUCUAUUCUAUACCUUGCGUUUGCCAUUCUGUUCUUUCAUGUCCCAGCACGCUAUCCAGUCUCGGCCGGCAACAUGAAUUAC